AUGACAUUUGACAAGCAGAGUUUCUUCAUUGGUAUUAUUGGUAGUGGUCCAAUUGGAUUGGAAUGUGGUUUACAUGCACUCAAACAUGGUUAUCAAUUUAUCAUUUUUGAAUCAGGUGAUGAUAUUGCAAAUAAUAUACGUUUAUGGUCACAUGUUCAAUUAUUUACACCGUUACACAUGAAUGUGUCACUAUUAGGAAAAGAUCUUCUAAAAAAAGAUCAUGACAAUAAUGCAUUCUUAACAGGUAGUCAAUAUAUAGAAUGUUAUCUACGUCCUGUUAGCUAUCACUUACAGCCGAAUAUUCGUUUACGACAUCAAGUUAUUUCAAUUGGUCGUUAUCAUACUAAUAGAUUUAUUAUUCUUGUAGAAAAUAAAGAUAGUGGCUGUGAAGAAUAUUUUAUUGUCGAUUGUGUUAUUGAUGCAAGUGGUACAUAUAAUAAUCCAAAUUUUGUUGGUCCUAAUAAUGUACCAGCCAUUAAUGAACGAGCAUUACGAAUUCAAAUACCAUCACCCAUGACUUAUCUAAUACCGAAUUUUAAAUAUGAACAACUUGCCGGUAAACGAAUUGUUCUUAUUGGAAAAGGUUACAGUGCAGCCACAUCGGCUCUCUAUUUAGCCAAAGUCAAAGAAGCUUAUCCAGAAACACAAUUAUAUUGGAUUAUCAAACAAUCAAUCAAUGAUUUACCUUACUGUAAAAAUCCUGAAGAUCCACUAGAACAAAGACGUCAACUAACUGACAACAUCAAUCAAAUAUAUGCUGAUAAACGUAUUUUUACUGAUAUUUAUGUUAAUACUGUAGUGACUAAAUUAACUUACUCAACAUCCUCCACAAAGGUUGACAUAACACUUGAUAGUUCUCCUCCUAAAGUUCUAUGUAAUAUCGAUUAUAUCAUUGCCAAUACUGGAUCACAACCUGAUCGUAAUCUUUAUGCUAAUCUGAAUGUACAAGAAUGUUAUCGUAGUAAAGGUCCACUAGCACUCGCAGUCAAAUUAUUAUCUUCUAGUAAUGCUGACUGUUUGAAGCAAACAAGUCACGGUCGCAAUAGUAUGUUAACAACAGAAAAAAAUUUUUUCAUCGUUGGUAACAAAAGUUAUGGCAAACAAACCAAUUUUAUUUUGCAAGUUGGCUUUGAACAAGUCAACGACGUUUUUCAACUAAUAAAUGAACAAUAUUAA